GCAAAUCAUAUUCGAGGGAAUAAACUUGCAAGUGAUUUUAAAAACUCUGAAUUAAACUGAAGUACCUAAAGUUGAUGUCAGUUGAAUUCAAGACUUUAGAGUUUAAUAAUUAGGUGACUGAAUUCGAGAGGAAAUUGUCGAGGAGUAUUGUGGAUUUUAAGAAGAGAAGUAGCGAAAACAUGACUGAGAACUCAAGUGUACCAAAAAAGAAGGACGGUGCCCUGCUAAACUCCUACAAAACGCAGCUAAGAGAUAACGUUCAAAUCAUAUUGCUUAACUUUGAGGAACUGCUUAGAAUGGUGUUUGCUAGGACACUAGGCCAAAUCGCUGAUGGCACCCAACAAGAAAUGCAUGCUCUUGAAAUGCAGGUGCGAUCCGGCAAUUUGCUUCGCGCAGGAGAAGCUCUACUAAAGCUAGUCAAUGACAUCAAGGAGUACUGUAUUAUCUACGAUUUCUCGUCCAUCGAAGAGGAAAUGAAUAGACAAUCGAAACUGCUUUGUGCCAAGCAAGUGGAGUAUGACGCAAUAAUAUCCGAAAUUGUUAAGGAUUUGGCCGACGAGCUGACCGAAUUGGAGGAGGAGUACUACGAGAACAGCUGUGGAUAUUACUAGCAGCGGAACACAUUCCAUUAAAUACUUUUUCUUAACAUGAAAUUAUGCAAAAAGGACAAGUAGAUACACAUUCCUUUCUUAAGGAAAAACAAGUGUUAACAAUACACAUAAUAAAUGAACUAUUUUUG